UAUUAUUUGUAGAAAACUUGACUGACAUAGGUGUUAAUAAUACAGACUCAAUUUCUUUGUCAAUAAAUAUUGACUCAAUUCAUUGUACCUGAUGACCUACAUGUAAAAUGUAGGCGUUCUGGACCAGCUUGAAACGUAACACCCCAGUGAUAUGAUACUUCCUGAAUCGAGAUCCGGCCUUGGUCGGUUAUCUGGUGGUGUUUUAGGUACUCAUACACGGGGCAGCAUUGCAUUAUUAGUGAAUUGCCUUUAAGAGCGGACACAACUCUCGAGUGACUUGGACAACAAUUGUCAACUUGGUUCACAAACUCCGAGGGCUCAGCUGGUGCUGAAGUCUAACUUUGGACAGUUUUGGAAAGGCGGUGCUUAUCCUCUGACGUUUUAUACACCGGUUUGAAGAAACUACACACCAAUCAUGGAUGCGAUGAGACCCUUAUUUCAUUGGGCGGACUAUUUAAUAUUUGUCCUCAUGUUGUUAGCUUCGGCCUCCAUCGGCAUCUUCUACGCUUUCAUGAGCAGGAGACAGAAUUCAUCCGGAGAAUUCAUGUUGGCCAGUAGAACGAUGGGUUUUCUCCCCGUUUCCAUGUCACUGUUGGCCAGCCUAUUUACGGGGAUCUACAUCCAGGGUAGCGUGUCUGAGACGUACUUCAGGGGGGCCAUUUUGUUCACAGGCUCCAUCGUUCCUCUCAUCAUCACAGGGGCGAUUUCUGGAAGAAUCUUCAUGCCGAAAUUCUACGAAUUGGAACUAAAAAGCGUGUAUCAGUAUCUCGACUUACGUUUCAAUGUUCCAGUACGUAACUGCUGCCUUGUGAUAGGCUACGUGUACAUGAUACUGCACGCAGGGGUCGCUACUUUCGCGGCAAGUCUAGUGCUAACAACCGUGACUGGAUCCCAGCUGAGUGUGUUUUCGGGUACAAUUAUUUUAUCCGCAGUUUGUACUUUCUACACGGUCAUUGGCGGUAUAAAGGCAGUGGUAUGGGCAGACUGCUUUCAGAUGUGUCUAAUUUUCGUGGCCUUAUUGGCAGCAGUCUUCCAAGGUGCUACGCUGAUUGGUUUCGGUGAGAUCUGGAGGCUCAACCUCAUUGGGGGAAGGCUCAAUAUUUUCAAUUUCGACCCGGACCCAAGGGUUUACGCCACGUUCUGGACUGUAUUCAUCGGUGGGACUUUCUCGUGGAUGCCAACGAUGACAGUACUACAGUACCAGGUACAACGGUAUGCAACCUGUAAGUCACAAAAGACUGCUCACAUAUCAUUUAGCAUCUUCAUUGUUGGCUGUAUCGCUGUAACCAUACUGUGCAUAUUAGCUGGUAUGUCAAUUUACGCCCUCUACGUUGAUUGUGACCCAUCUUCUACCGGAUCUCUCGUAGCGAACGAUGGGCUUCUGCCUUACUACAUCUUGGAUGCUUUUCAGAAUCUUCCAGGCAUUCCAGGGUUGCUUGUUUCUGGUCUAUGCAGCGCUGCUCUUAGCACCGUGUCUUCAAUCUUGAAUUCCAUCGCAACAAUAAGUGGCGAACACAUCAUUUCUAAAGUAUGGAAGGAUAUGUCGGAUGCAAGAUACCUCAUGAUAACGAGGCUACUCGCAUUGGUUUUCGGUGCCUUGAACAUUGCGACAACAAUGCUUGUUGGACAACUCGGGAAUAUUUUACCGGCGAUCAUUGGUUUAGUCGGUAUCACGAAUGGUCCAGUCUGCGCCGUGUUCAUCCUCGGAUUCUUCUUCAGGAGAGCUAAUUCAAAGGGGACUCUGGUUGGUUUCUUGGUUGGUGCAUCCGUUGGAAUCUGGUUGUUCGUAGGUUCUCUGUUCUACCAACCGCUACCUAAGUCACUCCCACUCUCAACGCAAGGAUGCGAAGACUACGAAUUUGCAGCCGAUGGCGUCAGUAAUUCAUCAAUGAUGACAACAAUGAUGGCGAUGGCAUCGACAACAGUUGAGCCUCCAGCUAGGCCGUUCAUCAUAGAGCUGUACAAUGUAUCCCGUCUGUGGUAUCCAAUGGUGUGUAUGAUUCUGGUUGUGGUCGUUGGACUUGUAGCUAGUCUGAUAUUCGAAGCGAUAUAUGGUGAGCAGGAGGUUGAUGCCACUCUACUAUGGAACUGGAGGAAAUCGUGUUGCUGCUGCCUGAAGACUUCACAAACAGAUGAUCGGAAAUCGCUCUACUCACGUAAUAUUUCCGUGCUUACUACUCUUGGAGAAACUGAGAAUAGCAAGUAUGACGAAUCAAAGGGCAUUGACAAUGCGGUGGUGGGUGAUGGUCCUACCUCAACAACACACAUGUAAACGUGAAAUGGAAUGUUUGGGUGGCGGGAAAAUGUUUGACAAUUGGCAGCCAUUUCUUGCCUGCAGAACUAUAUUAUAAUAGACCCACCCCCUUGCAGAUUAUGACGCACAAGCUUGAACAGCGCCCUCAAUUAGGUCAAAAGGAAGACCUACAGGAGUUUUGCUUGCGCGCACGUUUCUAUUGUUUGAGCUCAGCAAUGGCAGCCAAUCCAAGGGUUCUGUUAAUCACAGAAAGGCUGAUAAAACGAUGAUGAUGUCUAAUAGUAGAUUAAAACUAGAUUUCAUCGCACCGAACACAAAAUAAAGCGCUAGUAAUAAAUUAGCGCCUUUUGCCAGGAAAAUAAACAAAUCUUUAUUUUAAAACAAUGACUUUAUAUUAACUACAAGGACCCACCUACUGGCAUUGGUUAUUGUUAAAUUGAUUCCAACGGAGAGAAUAAAAUAUUUACACAAAGUUUGUAUGUGUGAAAUCUGAAACUCCUGUAGACCUUUUUUGUACAGACGUUGUUUUACUAAUAGACUGAAGUAUCAUAUAUUUUACUUUUACGGGUAUCUCGACCUUUCAAUUUCCAAGUAGUUUUCUAAAGUUUGUAAAACAUAUAAUAAGCAUUGUGCACGGUUUUAAAUGCGAGUUUAUUAGUAGUGGCCAGGGGUGCACCCCAUCCGGCCGAGGCUCUGUCAACCUAUGUUAGGUAAGGUCUUUUAAAAGUGCACGUUUUAAAACAUGAAACAGAGCAGAUUUUUGUAUUUACGGUUUAUACGUUCAACCACCGAGGUGGCCGUCUUUUUUUAUGACUCAAGCAGUUUAGUGUUUUAGCCCAAAUGUUUAAUUUUAUUAGGCUCUCCAUACUUAAGACUCUCAAAAAUUGUACUAGCUGUAUAAAAUAAGUACCAACCUAUUUCUCUUGUUCACACUGAUUUAAAGUUAUUGGUCCGUCCUAAUCGAAAUGACCCAGAUUUAAGUCGAGCUGUAAGCUCGGAUAAUUCGAGUUUGAAUCCUCUUGGCUUUUAAACACUUAAAGGGUCAACCUGACCAAGGAAUGAAUCAGGCCCCAAUGGACCUAGACUUGACUCAAGUCCCAAUCCCAUGCACUCGCCAGAGAACUGUGUGGUGCUCUGCAUUCCCCAACCUGUUUCGCACGGGGACCACAUUUUGACGGCGAGCGCGCACUGCUGUACUGCUUGGUUUCCUGUGCAUAGUUGGCGCGAUAUGGGAGGACGGGACUUGAAUCAAGUCUAAAAUUGGACCUUAAGUCUUCGUCAAUUCUGACCUGGGGAUGAUUAAUUAGAGUGUAUAGUGUUAACAUUAUAUUACUAUAAUUAUUGUAAAUUGUAUAUAAAAUAGUAUACAUAAAACAUUGCCAUUUAUUAUAUUACCCCUUUGAUAGUUUGACGUUUUUUCUUUUCACUACACGUGUACCUCAUUAAUAGAAAAGUUUCCCUUUAUUUUAAAGAUUAAAUUAAUGUUCGACUUUCAAUGAACACACCAAAAUAAGGCCACCAUGUGAAAACAGUGACCAAUCGAUUGUAAAAACUAUACGGGUAACUCUGGAAAAUCAGAAAUUGGGGAAGUGUUACUUUCAGGCUUAGUUUAACUCAGAUACGAAAGUCUGCAAAAUCUAUUUUCUCAACCAGUCAAAAUGACACUAACUUACGGAAACCAAUUAGUGACACGAUUACUUUAAAUCUAUUUCGUCUUAUUUCUCUUUUACGUGGCAGUACUUUUUUCGUUACGUUGUAGUCUUUCACGUUUACGUUUUUUUCUCUUUUACGCUGUCUUUCUCUUCUACGUCGUUGACUUUCUCUUUUUUACAUUUUAAUAAGUCUUUCUCCUUAACGUAGUUACCUUUCUCUUUUAUUAGGAGGUCAUUCUCUUUUACGUAUUUACAAACGUAUUUCUCCCUAAACGUGGUAUGGGUAUCUUUUACAUUGUAGUUUUUCCCUUUUACGUGGAAGUAUUUCCCUUUCACGUCGUAGAAUUUAUCCUUGACGUUGAAAUGUUUUUAGUUCAGUUGGGAUUUGGUGUUAGUCUUUUACCUGGUUGGUGACAGUUAACUAGCGGCAAACACAUCAUUACGUAAGAAAAAACCUAUUGUUUCAUACCUCGUGACAGAGGUCUGUAAUGUUCUUCGAUUUUCUUACUACACAACUAUUAUAAAUCAUGUCAUUAUUAUUUGUAAAAUCAAAUUGAAUUAAACAAAACACCAAAAUCUUUCUCAA